GUCCUGCUCCUGAUCUUCCGCCUUCACGUAGGAUUGCGGCACCUCGAAGAAGAGCACAAAGAAGUGACGUUGUCCACGGACAGUUGCGACAACUCAGAAACGGGCACACACGAGACCGCCAAGAGGCUUAGAACGGACGCAGACAAGGCAGACGGUGUCGCAGACGACGGUGCUGAUUGGAUGGGUGCCAUGAGCGCUCUGAAUGCCCUCAGCAGCGAAGAUGAAGCCGACGACGCUGACGAAGCUGGCCAAGGCGAAAUUCCCGAGGUCGGGGUGGUGUGA